AUGAAUUUCCAUGAUAUAAGUGCAACUGUUUCUGGUACAAUUCAAAAGUGGAAAGAAUAUCGCCAGCAGUGCCUAAAUUAUCUUCAUCAAACACCACCCACAGCAACUGAAGGCAGGUUUUGUAAUAGAACCUUUGAUGAUUAUGCCUGCUGGCCGGAUGGUGUUCCUGGGACCUAUGUGAAUGUAACCUGUCCAUGGUAUCUACCCUGGGCACACACAGUGACUCAAGGGAGAGUUUUUCGCUACUGCACUGCAGAGGGGUCUUGGCUGCUCAAGGAGAACUCGAGUGUUCCAUGGAGGAACCUUUCUGAGUGUGAUGACAAACUAAAGAAGGAACAGCCUGAAGAGCAGUUAUCAUCUCUUUUUAUCAUUUAUACAAUCGGAUAUUCACUCUCCUUCUCGGCUCUGAUUAUUGCAACUAUUAUUCUUGUACGAUUCAGGCACUUACACUGUACAAGAAAUUAUAUCCAUCUCAAUCUCUUCACAUCAUUCAUCCUGAGAGCUAUUUCCGUUUUUAUUAAGGAUUCUGUCCUGAGGUGGAUGUACAGCAUAGCUCUGCAGGAUCAUAAAUGGGAUGGACUCAUCUCCUAUCAGGAGUCACUAAGCUGCCGGCUGGUGUUUAUGAUGAUGCAAUACUGUGUGGCAGCAAAUUACUACUGGCUGUUGGUUGAGGGCAUCUACCUGCACACUUUACUGGUUCUCUCUGUUUUCUCUGAGCAACGGCUCUUUAGAAUGUAUCUCUGUAUUGGAUGGGGUGUUCCAAUGCUAUUUGUUAUCCCAUGGGGCAUUGUCAAGUACCUUUAUGAAGAUGAUGGAUGCUGGACCCGAAAUUAUAACAUGAAUUAUUGGCUUAUCAUAAGGCUGCCCAUUUUAAUUGCCAUCGGGGUGAACUUUAUGAUCUUUAUCAGAGUUAUAUGCAUCAUAAUCUCCAAGCUUCAAGCAAAUCUUAUGUGCAGAACAGACACCAAAUGUAGACUAGCCAAGUCCACUUUGACGCUGAUACCGCUGCUUGGAACACAUGAAAUUAUUUUCGCAUUUAUUACAGAUGAACAUGCUAAAGGAAUCCUGCGACACAUCAAACUCUUUUUUGAGCUGUCUUUCAGCUCGUUUCAGGGACUGAUGGUCGCUGUUCUUUACUGCUUUAUCAACAAUGAGGUACAGGCUGAGUUUCAGAAGAGGUGGGAACGUUGGAGGUUGGAACAUUUCUACAGCCAAAGAGAAUGCAGCAUGAAACCAAUUAAGUUUCCAGCCAACAGUUUAAGCAGCGGAGUCACAGUGGGCAGCAGUGUCUAA